AGUUUCGACUUGUUCAACAAUGGGUAAUUACUAAUUAGAGAGAAGUUGAUUGUGAAGCUUCAACGACCGCAGAACAACUUUCAAUUGGAGUUGCAAAAAAUUUGCAGAUACAAUACAAAUCUUCAAUCACGUCUCUUUGAGAAGGUUGUUUAUCUGUAAUCAUCUUUCUAUCUGCUGUCUGAUACAGCCACCAAUCUUCUUACAAAACCCAAAACCAAAACCUACUUUGUUUGACUUCACUUGGAGCUAACCUCUUCUCUCCAUCUUCGUCUGCUAUGCCCUAAUAACGGAUUGUUUUCGUCAGUGACUUGCGUUUCGGAACAAAACCCGAAACAGUUCUGAUCCACUCGGAUAUUGUUAUAAAUUUGGAGUUGUGGUGAGAUGAAGAAACGGGGGCAUUUAGGGGUUUUGGGAUUAGGGUUCGAGAAGCAGAUUAUCUUCUGGUUAUCGAUUUUGUUGGCGGUUUCGCAACAAGCGGCUGGGCUUAGACCCAUAAGGGAGAAAACUCGAUCAUGGAGCGACGAGUGGCUCUUUGGUAGAAAGCAAGUAACUGAAGUAGGACCGUUUUCUGCAUGGAACAUAACAGGAACAUAUAGAGGAAACUGGAAGUAUCUGGAUUCCGUAAAUAGCUCUUCGAAGUUUCAAGACCUGCAGAAAGCAAAUGGUAAUUCUGUGGUUGAGUUAGUGGCAGUUCCAACAAAGAUAACUGGUGUGCAUUAUGUUCAGGGUGUAGUUGUUUUCCAUGACGUAUUUGACAAUGAACAAAAUGUGGGUGGUGCCCAAAUAAACCUGGAAGGUGUAUAUAUAUGGCCCUUUAGACAACUCCGACUCGUGGAUAACAGUGGCAAGGAGAGUGAUCCAGGGCAAGAAGACAAUAAUCUUCUAUCGAAUCCCUAUCAUAUGCUCGGAAUUUUCUCCUCUCAAGUGUUUCAAGAAUCUCCUAGAGACAGAAUACUGAAACGGAAACUUUCACCAAUAAAUGAGGUAGAGAAGCACUGUAAUAUCGAAAUAGCAGCUCAGAUAUCCCGUGUGGCUUCUAUUGAAAACAAUGGAGACAAAAACUAUUAUCACAUGGAAGGAUUAAUGGAAAGUCCUGGUGUAGGCGAUGAUGGAGAUUGUUUCUCGCCUUUGUUACUGAAUGCGACUUCUGUGAAUGUCGAAGUCUACUAUAACAAAGCUGUGAACUAUACACUAAUGGUCACUUUUGUCUCUUUCCUCCAGGUUCUUUUGUUGAUCCGGCAAAUGGAGCACGGUAACACACAAUCUGGUGCUGCCAAGGUAUCUAUUGUAAUGAUUGGGCAACAAGCGAUCAUGGAUGCUUAUUUAUGCCUUUUACAUCUCACGGCCGGGAUAUUAGUUGAAUCUCUAUUUAAUGCUUUUGCAACCGCUGCGUUCUUCAAAUUCGUAGUCUUUUCGAUUUUUGAGAUGAGAUAUCUUCUGGCCAUAUGGAAAGCAACCCGGCCUUCCAACAGCGGAGAAGGUUGGGAAACAAUGAGGCGUGAGCUGUCCUUUCUGUACAGCCGUUUCUAUGGGAUCCUUCUUGGGGGCAUAUUGAUAAUGUAUGAGUUCCACAACUACAUGCGGCCGAUUCUUCUCCUCAUGUACUCAUUUUGGAUACCACAGAUAGUCACCAAUGUCAUCCGGGAUUCAAGAAAGCCUCUGCACCCGUAUUACAUCUUGGGUAUGACAGCUACACGGUUAGCUAUACCCUUAUAUGUUUUUGGAUGCCCACACAACUUCAUGCGUGUAGAGCCCAGCAAGGUCUGGUGCAUAUGCUUGUGCACAUUCCUGGGUUUGCAAGCUGUCAUUCUUCUUCUUCAGCAUUAUUUUGGUUCACGUUGCUUUGUUCCACGUCAGAUGCUACCAGAGAAAUAUAACUACCACAGAAGAUUUAAUCAGGAUGUAAGUCGCACCACUGAUUGUGUCAUCUGCAUGACCGCUAUUGAUCUCAGACAGCGUACCAGUGAUUGCAUGGUAACUCCAUGUGAACAUUUCUUCCACUCCGGAUGCUUACAACGAUGGAUGGAUAUAAAAAUGGAAUGCCCAACUUGUCGGCGUUCGCUUCCUCCAGCAUAGAGGAUUUUUUUUUCUGCUUUGUUAGGAUGUUACCGACUUCACUCAGUUUAAUUGCAGGUGGGACCUGUUCUUUGGUUUAAGGUCCUUGAAGAGGUGUAGAAGAUUUAUAGACGAAAGCAGAGCAAAGAAGGAAUCUAUAAUCGCGGAUAGAUGUUAUGUUCUGUAUAAACUGUAUAAUGUUACUAUCUUAGUGCAUAUUCUUUCACCCCACAACCCAAUCUUUCGCACAUUUCUUGUUCUUCUAUUUUCUAUGCGGCAUAUGAGUGAAUCCUUAUGCGUAGGCUGGACCAGGAGAAAUGGCAGGUCCUGCGGUCGAC